UACACAUGCGCACAGCACUGCAGGUUUUUCAUCAGGACCACCAUCCUCGCUACACACAGCCGAAGUUAUUUUUUUUAUUUUGAUUUGGAAUGGCGUGAUGAUUGGUGCAGCGUGUCAAAAGUGAACAAUAACAAAAUACAGCAAGAGCAAUCUGUUGAUGGACAAAGAGAAGGAACACGAAAAUGACCAAAAAAAAAACCCCAUGAAUGUAUCAGUUGACCGUGCAGUAAGACGAUGAAUUAAUGCAGGUUAUGCCGAAUGAAGAUUUGGCUUAAAAAUAGAUCAACAAAUGUAAGCAACCUUGAUGCAUACCAAAAAGUGGUCGAAAACUAAAGGGUCUUAUUUAAAUUGACGCUCUGUAGCUGCUGGUGCUUGGUGUGUGAUGCGCAUCAAUGUGUUGCCGUUUUCUUUCUCUGUAAUAAUGGCUGCUCUUUAUCAGAGCACCGAUUCUUCCUCUCCAGACAAAUACCUGGCACUAAAGGAUGUCAGAGAAGUAAAGGAGGAGACGAACCUGGACGAGAAACUCUUCUUGCUGGCGUGUGAAAAAGGUGACUACUAUAUGGUGAAAAAACUCCUUGAGGAGAAAAGACACGGUGAACUCAAUGUAAACUGUGUGGACGUGUUGGGACGCAAUGCAGUUACCAUAUCAAUUGAGAAUGAGAACCUGGAUAUACUGCAGCUUCUGCUGGAACAUGGGUGUCAGACGACAGAUGCGCUUUUGGUAGCAAUCGACUCAGAAGUGGUGGGAGCCGUUGAUAUACUACUCAAUCAUCGACCAAGGCGAUUGUCGAAGCCUUCAAUAGCCAAACUGAUGCAGCGUAUUCAGAACCCAGAGUACUCCACAACCAUGGACGUGGCCCCCGUCAUUCUAGCGGCUCAUCGCAAUAACUAUGAAAUCCUCACCAUGCUGCUGAAGCAGGACAUCUCGCUGCCCCGGCCCCACGCUGUGGGGUGUGAAUGCACCCUGUGCAAUGCCAAAAAUAAAAAGGACAGUCUUCGCCAUUCCCGAUUUCGCCUCGAUAUCUACCGCUGCCUGGCAAGCCCCUCAUUGAUAAUGCUGACCGAGGAGGACCCGAUAUUAAGAGCCUUCGAGCUCAGCGCUGAUCUGAAGGAACUCAGUCUAGUGGAGGUGGAGUUCAGGAAUGAUUACGAGGAGCUGGCGAAGCAGUGUACGAUGUUUGCGAAGGAUCUGCUUGCCCAGGCCAGGAACUCGAGGGAGCUGGAAGUCAUUCUGAACCACACCUGCAAUGACGAACCCGUGGACAAGCGAGGCCUGCUAGAGGAGCGAAUGAACUUGAGCCGCCUUAAACUGGCCAUCAAAUACAACCAGAAAGAGUUUGUUGCCCAGUCAAACUGUCAGCAGUUUCUGAACACUGUCUGGUUUGGGCAGAUGGCUGGUUACAGGCGGAAGCACUCGUGUAAGAAGAUCCUGACUGUGCUCUCGGUGGGCUUCCUGUGGCCCGUCCUGUCGAUCUGUUAUCUGCUGGCUCCCAAGUCCCGCGUGGGCCACGUCAUCCACACGCCGUUCAUGAAGUUCAUCAUCCACAGCGCCUCGUACUUCACCUUCCUGCUACUGCUCAACCUGUACUCGCUAGUUUACAAUGAAGACAAAAAGAACACCAUGGGCCCUGCUCUGGAGAUGAUCGACUACCUGCUUAUUGUCUGGAUUGUAGGAAUGGUGUGGUCGGAUGUGAAAAGGCUGUGGUAUGAGGGGCUGGAAGACUUUUUGGAAGAAUCCCGCAAUCAGCUCAGCUUUGUCAUGAACUCCCUCUAUUUGGCAACUUUCGCCCUCAAAGUUGUGGCUCACAAUAAGUUUCCAGACAAUGCAGACAGGAAGGACUGGGAUGCGUUCCACCCAACUCUGGUUGCUGAGGGACUGUUUGCCUUUGCCAAUGUGCUCAGCUACCUUCGUCUGUUCUUCAUGUACACAACCAGCUCUGUCCUGGGACCCUUGCAGAUCUCGAUGGGACAAAUGCUGCAAGAUUUUGGAAAGUUCUUGGGUCUGUUCCUGCUUGUCCUCAUCUCAUUCACUAUCGGUCUGACCCAGCUUUAUGACAAGGAUCGUGCCACACAUGUGGAGAAGGACUGUGUGGGGAUCUUCUGUCAGCGGCAAAACAACGAUACUUUCCAUUCGUUUAUUGUCACCUGCUAUGCGCUUUUUUGGUAUGUUUUUUCACUGGCCCACGUAGCUCUGUUUGUAACGAGGUUCAGUUACACAGAGGAGCUGCAGUCAUUUGUCGGGGCCUUGAUUAUCGGCACAUACAACGUGGUGGUUGUCAUCGUCCUUACUAAGCUUCUUGUGGCCAUGCUGCACAAAAGUUUUCGGCAAAUAGCGAACCAUGAGGACAAGGAGUGGAAGUUUGCCCGAGCUAAGCUCUGGCUUAGCUACUUUGAUGACAAGUGCACCCUGCCUCCCCCCUUCAACAUCCUCCCCUCCCCGAAGACCGUCUGCUAUAUUGUCACUAGCCUCAGUAAAUGGAUCUGCUCUCACACCACAACAGGCAAGGUCAAAAGACAGAACAGCCUCAAAGAGUGGAGGACCCUGAAACAGAAACGGGAUGAAAACUACCAGAAGGUCAUGUGCUGUCUAGUUCACCGCUACCUGACUUCUACAAGACAGAAGAUGCAGAGCACUGACCAGCCUACUGUGGAGAACCUCAACGAGCUUCGACAGGACCUCUCCAAGUUCCGCAACGAGAUGAGAGACCUCCUGGGAUUCCGCACCUCCAAGUACGCCAUGUUUUAUCCCAGAAAUUAAACAAAUCAUCUUUGCGUCUGCAGAGAAAUCAAACGAGAAUUCCUGAAGACAAAAACUCCACAUUCUGGAAUGAAGUGGAAAAUCACCUUUUUUUAAAAGAAAAAUAGAAGAAAAAACCUCCCAGAAUGCUCUUGAAUGUCUUUCAUAUUAAACUAAAACACUUGUGUAAUACAUUAACCUGGUAUUUUACAUGUUUUAAAUUACUAUUCUUUUCAGCGAAAA